CUGAGGGUCCAUCCCCACCCGAAGUCGCGUUCAUGUCGACCACGUCUCUCGCAACGACCGCACGCGUCGCGCGGGUGACCGCGAAGCCCGCGCGCCGCGCCGCUGUCUGGCGCGCGCCCGUCGUUACCCGAGCAUCCCACGACGAGAAAUCCAACGUCGAAACGUCCAGCUGGCAUCUCGACGCGCGUCGUGCGGUCGCCGCGUCGCUCUGCGCCGCGACCCUCGCGGGCACCGUCGCUCCCACCGCCGCGCUCGCCAUCGACCUCGUCAUCGCCGACCCCUCCGUCAAGCAGUACAUGGAUAUGCGGGACGACGCCAUGCGGAUGAAGUGCGAGGGAGGCAUGAUGGACUGCGACGGCGAUCGGAGGGAGUACGCGAAGAAGCAGGCGGAGAACUUCGUGGCGAGGAACUCGGGCGAGGAGCGCGUCCUUCCGGAGUGCAAGGUGGAGGAGGCGUGCACCGAGAACAUCCUGGGCGCCGCGUUCGCGGGGGUGCAGGGGCUGACCACGUCGGAGAAGCUGGAGAAGAUGGGAAGGGACGGCGACGCCAUCAACGGGACGAGAAAGUACUUCGGGCAGUGAUGAGCACCGGGUAGCUAUAGGGCGCAUUCAGCCGACGUAUCAGACUGCUACG